AUGCGUUUUGCUGUGAAGGAGCGUACGGAGAGUCGUCACAUUGGGUUUGGGAAGGUGAUCCUCUUCGGGGAGCACUUCGUCGUGUACGGGGCGGAGGCGAUCGUCGCCGGCAUCGUCGAGUACACAUCGUGUGCGUUGGAGCUGCAGCGGGGCCGGCCGGGGCUGCGGGUGGUGGACGAGCGGCCGGCCGUGCGGGGGUACAUCCCGGCGAAGGCAGCGGAGCAGCGGCGGGCCCACCAACUCGUCCUCUCGCAUCUCCACAUCGACACUUCCACCGACGGGCUGCGGGUUCACCUCGCCGGCCCACUCGUCCCCAGCAGCGGCAUCGGCGCCUCUGCCAGCGACGUUGUCUCACUCGCACGGGCACUCAGCGAGAUGUACGCACUGCAUCUCAACAACGAGGAAGUGAAUAACGCCGCCUUUGUUGGAGAGGGUGGCUACCAUGGCACUCCAAGCGGCGUCGAUAACACCGCAGCCACAUACGGUGGUCUCAUCUCUUACAGGCGCAGCGGCGGAAAGUCCAUCUUCAGCAGACUUGCCCUUAACAACACCCUAUAUCUCGUGGUGUGUAGUACGGGCAUCACCGCUAGCACCAUAGAAGUUGUGAAAGACGUCAAACGGCGCAAGGCGGCGGACCCAGCGUGGUUUAACGCACUGCUGGAGCGAUACAACGCGUGCGUCACCGCGGCGAGGGAAGCUAUGAUGCGUGGCGACCUCCAACAAGUGGGGAAGUUAAUGAACGAGAACCACACACUCUGCCAACAGUUAACGGUGUCGUGUGCCGAGCUGGACACCAUUGUCGAUUACUGCCGUGAGAAGGGCGCCUUGGGGGCAAAAAUGUCCGGUACGGGGCGUGGUGGUCUUGUCGUCGCUCUGGCAGCCGACGAGGCCCAGCGUGAUCGCAUCGCUGAUGAUUUGGCAAAGAACUGCCCUGCUACAAAAUAUGUGUGGAAGUACAGCGUGCUGCCAAUGGGGUCAAAGUUGUAG